AUGGCCCGCACUCACCGGAUCGCCUCAUCUCAGCUGUCCGCAUUUCUCCUUUUCCUACUCGCGGCCGCGUUUUCUUCCUGCUCCGAUGCGCGCAUUCGCAUCCCGCGCUUCCCGGGUUCGUUCCACAGGCAGCAGAAAAUCCGGGCGAGCGCGCACAUAGAUAAGAGCGGAAACAUCUAUAACGAAGUUGCCGCGUCCGGAGCUUCGGCUCGCGGCAGUUACGCCUGGAACGCCUCUUACUUCACCCAGAAUCUCGACCAUUUCUCGUUCACCCAGUCGAGCUACGCCACGUGGCAGCAGAAGUACAUCUGGUGGGACGGCGCGUGGGGCGGCGCGGAGAGCGGCGCGCCGAUCUUCGUGUACUGCGGCAACGAGGGGCCGAUCCAAUGGUUCAUGGACAACGCAGGGUGGAUCCGCGAGAUCGCUGUCGAAUUCGGCGCGCUUGUCGUGGGACCCGAGCACCGGUACUAUGGUGAGUCGAUGCCAUUCGGCUCGGAAAAAGAAUCCUUCAGCAACGCGUCGACUCGUGCGUUCCUCACCACAGAGCAGGCCAUGGCGGACAUGGCAGUGCUUCUCACGGCGCUUAAGGACAACUUAUCCGCGCAUGACUCGCCCAUCAUCCUCUUCGGAGGCUCCUACGGUGGCAUGCUCGCAGCAUGGUUCCGCCUAAAGUACCCGCACAUAGCAGCAGGCGCCAUCGCAGCAUCGGCACCCAUCUUGCAAUACGAGGACAUUGUCCCCAGCGAGACCUUCUACCGCAUAGUGUCACACGACUUCAAGAUAGAGAGUGAGAAUUGUUUCAAUGCCAUCAAUAGCAGCUGGGCGGAAAUCAGGGAGGAGGCAGCAGCUGAGGGAGGGCUUGUACGCCUCUCAGAGCAGUUCCGCCUGUGCAGCCCGUUGACCGAUGCAGAUGAUCUUAUCUCAUGGUUGGAAACGGCAUACAUCUACAUGGCAAUGGUGGAUUACCCAGUGCCCUCUGAUUUCCUCAUGCCACUGCCCGCCCACCCCAUUCGAGAGCUGUGUCGGCGAGUUGACAGCCUCCCUGCAAGUGCCAGCCUUAUUGAUCGCAUCGUUGCUGGAGUGGGCGUGUAUUACAACUACUCGGGAUCUGAGUCGUGCUUCAGCGUUGGCGAUACGGAUCCCCAUGACAUGUCCAAUGGGUGGGACUUCCAGGCAUGCACGGAGCACGUGAUGCCUAUGAGCAGUAACGCCAGCAACAGCCUUUUUGAGCCGUUCGAGUGGAACCAGACGGCCUUUGAGGAGAACUGCUUGCAGCAGUACGGCGUGCCUCCCCGACCCACGUGGGCCAUGACCCAGUUCGGUGGACGGUCCAUCCGUUCAGCCCUGCGCCACUUCGCCAGCAACAUUGUGUUCUCUCAGGGGGCCCUUGACCCUUGGAGUGGAGGCGGAGUGCUCGAAGACCUUUCAGACACCCUAGUCAGCCUCACCAUUCCUGACGGUGCACACCACCUCGAUCUAAGGGCAUCCACCCCAGCUGACCCCCCUUCCGUGCGGAAGCAGAGGAAGGAGGAGAAGAAGCACAUACAGAAGUGGAUUAAGCAGUGGCACAAGGACAGGGAGGAGGCAAAGAAGCAUGGGAGGAAUGGCCUUCGUUUCAGCUCGCUCCCUUCCUUUGAAGACAUCUCCUCCACCUCCCUUGCUCUCUUCAUCCUCUCUCUCGCCCUCCUCGCCACAUCCGUCGCCGUAUCCCUCUCUGCCACUCGCUGGGCACGACCCAUUGCCACCACCUACUCACCCGCAUUGCGCCAUCGGCUCAUGGGGGAGAGGCAGUGA